AUGAAAAACAAAAAACAGAACACCACUUAUUUUGAUAUCUUUGGCAAGGUUCAAACAGAAGUUGGUGUUCAAGAGGAUUCCAAUACAACCGAAAUUAGUCCAAUGCAAGUUAGAAAUUUCGCAUUAUCAAUUUUUAAUGUUGUAUCUAUUCCAAAAUGGGCAAAAAUAGAACACUCAUCACUUGCAAAACGAGUUAUAUUUUUAUAUUUCAACGGUAUUGAUCUCAAUAGAUAUAAUAAAUACUUUGAUGAAAUUAGUAAUUUCCAUUCUAUGAAAGAAAAUGGAUUUCCUGUUACAGUACUUGCUAGUCUAAAGGGAAAUAGGAUAGUUCCUCCUGAACAAUCUCUUCUCGGAUACGCAAUUAAUCCAAAAGAACUUAAAUGUUUCUCAUCUUUUGACGAAAUGCUUCUUUCUGAUCACAAAUUACUAGAUAACGGAUUUCCACUACCAGAAGAUCCAAAUCGCGAAGAUUUUCAAGGAAAGCACAGAUUCGAAGAAUUUGGUAUUAAACCACUAACGCCAGAAGAAUUAUCUCGCUUUAAGUGUCUCCCAGAUCAUGUUGAUAACGCUAAUAAGGUCAUUGCUUUAGAUUGUGAGAUGAUUGAAACAACAUCAGAAGAUGGAGCUAAACAUGAUGAACUUGCACGUCUUUCAGUCGUUAAUGAGAAAGGAGAAGUUAUUAUUGAUGAAUAUUUCAAACCAAUUCAUCCAGUUUCUGAUUUAAGAACGCAUGUUUCUGGAAUUACCCAAGAACACCUUGAUAACGCAAAAUUAACAUCAGAAGAUGGUGUUUCAGCGUUGUCUGCCGUUGCUGACAAGGAAACAAUCAUCGUUGGCCAUGGUUUGGAAAAUGAUUUCAAAGCUUUACUUUUAUUCCACACAAAAGUUGUUGAUACAAGUCUUAUAUACAAUAACGAACGUGGAGUAACAUAUCCGAGAAAGCCGAAGCUCUCAAAUCUCUUCCAAAAGUAUUUCAAGAAAGAAAUGAGAGAUCAAACUAAACCUCACGACUCAAUCGAUGAUGCUCGUGCUGCUUUGGAACUUAGUAAAUUCUGUCUCAAUCACGCAGUCUCAAAUGUCCCAAUUCCUCCGAAAAUUCCUGAUAUGUUUUCAUCUCUCUUGAAAGCAGUGACUUCUAUUGAUGUUUUAGCUCACGAGAGGAUGAUUAACUUCAAAGACUUAGAUCCACGUGUUCACUGCAUCCUGGAAGACGAAGAUGAGCCAAGAAAACAAAAAUUGAUGGAAUCUGUCAAAAAUGAUUCAUCAGAAUUUGUUUUUGCUUACUUCAAUGGAAUGUCCAGAUGCGAAGUAAACGAGGAAGAAGAGAGAAAAGCUGCAAAGUUCUACAACGACGUUCUUGGAGAUGUUCUUAGUGUAAUGCCGAAAUCAUCUGUAUUAAUUGUAUACAGUGGUGGUGGCUCAACAAGAAGAAUAUCAGAGCUAAAGGACAUCCCUGCUAAAAAUGCUGAAAUGAAUUUGUGCAAACAAGGCCUUUUAUGGGCUAAGGCUACCCCACCUGAAGAAUAA